AUGCGCUCAAACUGCCUCCUUGCACUCGUGGCCCUGGUUCUUGCUCUGGUGGCCUGUGCCGCAGACGGACGGGACGUGAAGGUGGGCGGUUGGCAGCCCGUAGGGGACCUGAGCGACCCCCACGUGGUAGAGAUAGCAAAGUUUGCGCUGUCGGAGUUCAGAUCAGAGCCGGUCCAGAACAAGUUGGUGUAUUAUAACAUGGCCAAGGGCGAGACGAUGGUCGAAUCGGGUGUCAGGUAUCGGCUCGUCAUUGGGGCCACCAAUGAGACGAUUCCUGAUCCCCUCUUCUCCCUCAAUUAUUAUGAGGGUGUUGUCUUGGAGAAGGCUUGGAAGCAUUUUAGGCAAUUGCUCUCCUUUGCAGCAAUUCCUAAAGAAGGCAAUUAA